AAAAUGUUGUUUCAUGUGCCAGGAGCGCUUUGUUGAUAUAAACCUGGCAUAUAAAUAAAUGAAAUCGACAGGGGAAAAUUUUAGUCAACGGCUCGCUUAUCUGCUUAACCAUGGCUCAUUCUGCAGCUUUUGCCCUUUUAUGUUUGUGCGGAUAUGCAGCUGCCGCGAGCUCCCGUGACAAUUCUUUCUCCGGAUUCUCCGGAUCCCGAAUCCCGAACCCUAGCGUUGACUCGGAUAAUGAUUUUGGGGAUUCCGACGAUGAUUUUGGCGCACCAAAAAUAGUCGCCUGGCCUGAUGGAAUUGUGCCCUAUGUCAUUUCCUCCGAUAUUGCCGAUGCGGAUGCCAAAAAGCUGAAGGCGGAACUGGAUUUCCUGUCCAAACAAACAUGCGUUCAAUUCGUGCCUCGACGAAAUGAAGCCAAUUACACACUUUUCCGUAGCGGAGACAAAUGCUCCGCUCCUCUGGGUGUUUCCAACAACCCUUUGGCCGACAGUAGCAGCGGCAGUAAUUUCGGCUCCAGCAACGGUGGCCGUGACUCCUUCGGUGGUUCCUCCGGAGGUCGGGGUAGCUCCUUCGGUCCCUCAUCUGGAUCGGGCAGCCGCGAUUCCGGCUUCGGUACCGCGUCAGGCAGUGGCAGCCGCUUCAACUCCGGUCGCUUUAAACGUCAGGGCAGUCGUAAUGGAGUGCGAGACUCCGGCUCGUUCGGCAACAGCGGUUUCGGUUCCAGCAGUAACAGCGGACGAGAUUCGAAUUUCGGUUCAUCCAGCAACAGCGGCCGUGACUCAUUCGGCUCCAGCAACAACAACCGUGACAACUUCGGAUCUUCCUUUGGCAACAGCGGACGAGGCUCGGAUUCGGGAUCCCGAUUUGGAUCCGGUGGUAGCUCCUUCCGGUCGUCCGGACCUACGGGCGCUUCGCAAGUCGUUCUGGCCAAAAGCUGCUUCCAAACCAAACGACUUGCCCGGAGGCUCAUGAAUUUAUUAGGUAUUCCUCAUGAAGCUAGCCGCCCAGAUCGUGAUCAAUACGUUACCAUCAAUUUCGACAACAUUCGAUCAGGUUACACGGCCAACCUGAAGCAAAUCCCAGCGUCCGCAUAUCUACCGGGAGUCUUGAACGUUCCCUAUGAUCUGCAGUCUGUGACACAGUACGCGGACUCCGAUUUAGCCAAGAACAAGAAUACCUGGGCAAUUCGCCCGAAGAAUAGUCGCUCCUCUGCCUCCUCCGGCACUUUAGGUGGUGAUGAUUUCAGCCGAGCGGACUUUGACAAGAUCAACGCGGCAUACGGAUGCCGAAGAGGCGGCAAAUAAUCGUACUGGAUUUUUGAGAUUUUGGUAAUUUGGUCUCCUGGCAAACCAAUGGGAUUCGCACUGUAUACUGCAUGGUGUGAAUGGGUAGGCUGACAGUUAUUAAGAAGUUGUGGUGUGCCCCCAUGCAUUUUGUACAUCAAUUUGUCAAGAAGAUAUAAAACGUAUGAAUAUUAUAA